GUCGACGUUUGGAUUCUGCUGCCACAUCUUCACACAAAAUCCUCCUCUUGCCAUGUGGUGAUCGUUUGGACCGCACGAUUGUCACCAUGAAGCUCGCCAACACUCUGCAUGCCCUCCGCAACCAGUGGGUGCCCGUCUUCCACAAGCUACGCUCCUCGCCCGGGGAGGCAUUCGACUUCUUUUGGGACUUUGCCCGCCGAUAUUUCUUCUCCCUCGCUUUCAUCUCCCUGUUCAGCGCCAAGCUCCUCCAUCUCUUUGCCCAUCUUCACUCUCUCCCACCGAGCAAGUUCCUUCUAUGGGGCGUCACGUUCUUCUUUCAAGAUGUCAUGAUCCUGCUGUUGUUCCGGACCCUCGCACAGAGGGUCCCAUGGCGGCCCCUGGCCGUCCUGGGUGCAAUAAUUGUCAUUCCGUUUAGCUUAAUGAUGUCCGGAAUGAUGUCCGCGAAUACAUCCUUUUACGUCGUGACUGGUGCCGAAAUUCACUGGCGACAGGCCACCUCCUUCCACACCGAUGCCGCCGCCAUGCGGACCCUCCUAACGGGAUUGGCCGGCUUUUUGAUCGUAGAAGGCAUUUUGCUCGUCGUGAACUGGUUUGUUGCAGGAUUUAUCCAUCGGAUGACGGGAGGAAUUUUACACGUGUUGGCUUGGCCCUUGCGGGUGCUGGCGGAGCGUCUGCGGCCCUGUUUCCAUCGCGCCUACGGCAGUGUCCGGCGGCAACCCCUUCCCGAUCCCGAGAUAUACGAGCAGAUUGCGGUCGAUGACUACUUGGAUGAUAAGAGUGAUGACGGAGAAUCGGACCACUUGUUGAAUACCGCGAGCCCGACCCCGACGGACCGCCGGCGGACGGACACCCCCAUACGCCGAUUCGUCGUGCUGGGUCUGUUCGCCUCAUUCCUGCUCCUUCGCUCCCUUCGUCCGUGGGCGCCGGCCUACAUGUUUCUGUCGGGCGCCUUACCCUUGACUCCAUUCUUCGAGGGCGGACACCGGAAGUCCCCGGUUGAUGCAGAGUCCUUGCCGGGGGAUUAUGCUUGGUUGGAAGAGCGGUCGUCCCUGCAUCCGGCGCCUGGGUGGGACUGGAUGCCUCAGAAGGGACUCCCCGGGUUCUCGGACUGGGAUAAGACGGACAAGUUUGCCUUGCACUACACGCCGAGUAUGGACCCGUUACAUAUUUCCAAUCACGGGAAGCCGGUUCUCGACUCCCUCCGCCCCGUAUUGGAUGACCCGAAUGUCAAGAUUAAACAUGUGAUUAUGCUGAAGCUCGAGAGUACUCGAGGCGACGUUUUCCCGCUGAAGAAGGACUCGUUCAUGUGGAACCGCAUUGCCGAAUCUCACAAGGAUAAGAAGAUCCCCCAAGAGAUCCAGGACCGUCUUUCCAAUUUGACGCGCACCGCCGAGUGGCUGACUGGCUUCGACGCUGGGUUCGAGCACAACGACUCGCUUCACGCCGACCGGAAAGCGUACGGCGGGAUCAGCGCACGGAACGCCUUCACCACCGGCACCUACACGCUGAAGAGUUUGGUAGGUACCCUGUGUGGCGUGACGCCUCUGGUGACCGACUUCAACCGCGAGUACAAGCAUCACAUCUAUCAGCCGUGUAUGCCUCACGUUCUGAAUGCGCUGAGCCAGCAACAUGAUAUCAGCAACCAGACCGACGAUUUCACCGCGUGGCCCUGGCAUUCCGUGUGGAUGCAGUCGGUGACUGAGACCUACGAUAACCAGGAUAAACUGACACCGGCAUUGGGCUACAAAGACAAGGUGACCAAGGAGACGAUGGAAGAUCCUGAUGCAAAGCACUAUCCGGUGAAGUCAGAGGAAAUCAAUUACUAUGGCUAUCCAGACACCGAACUCCGGGAGUACAUUCGCGAUGCGAUCGACGAUGCGGAGAGCAGCCACACCCGCCUCUUCCUCACCCACCUGACCGGCACCACACAUCAUCCGUGGGGAAUGCCGAACGAUGAGUUCGAGGAAUUUUUGGGAUCAUCUUGGACCGGGCACAACAACGACGUCAAUCGCUACCUUAACACAAUUGGGUUUGUGGACAAUUGGCUCGCCGAAAUUAUUGGCAUUUUGGAAGAGAAGGGAAUCAAGGAUGAAACCUUGAUUGUAAUGGCCGGAGAUCAUGGUCUGUCGCUGCCUAACGACGGUGGCGUGACGCCCUAUGAUAACCCCCAUAUCGGCAGCUUCCACGUCCCCAUCGUAUUUGCCCACCCAAAACUUCCUCCAGUUGAGAUUACCACUCCAGUGAUCAGUGAUCAGAUAGUUCCAACCAUUUUAGACUUGCUGAUUGAGUCUCGCUCCUUGAGCGAGGGCAGCACCCGCGCGGCGCGCGACAUCUUCUCUUUGUACGAAGGCCAAUCGAUGAUCCGGCCCCUGAUCCAGGAAGAAGACGGAAAACAGGAUUGGCAAUUCACCGUUAUGAACACCGGCGGUUCCUGGCUUGCGGUGCGCUCGGCGGCCCGGCCGGCGUUCCGCUUGGUCAUUCCGCUGGUGGAUGACCUGGAGUGGCGAUUCACCGAUCUCGAAAAGGACCCGAUCGAAUUGAAGCCCAUUAAGCACUUUAGUCUCAUCGACAUGGCCGAUGAGCUCGACCGGAAGUACGGGAAGGACGUUGUGAACUGGCUUCGCGACGCGGCGCAUAUCACCGAAUGGUGGGUGGUCGACAAUUGGCACCGCUAUCGAUAUGUUCCUCAGAUUAAGAUCUCGAAAGAUGGCAAGGGUUCCAAGCGCAUGGAUUCGGAAGGAUAAGGAUUCCAAACGCUGAGUUGAUCCCACGAGUGGGAACAGGAAGUGAACACAGAAACUUCACUAUCAUUUAUCAUAUGGCUCGAUGGGCCCCAGGCGCAUCACCACCCGACCAUAUCCCGCGCGGGAAAUCAAGGACACUUGAUUCCUGGGGACACACGCUCCCUCUUGACAUUUGGGCAAUGGCGAAUAAUCUCUUUCCGGACUUGGCAGGACUCUUCUCUAGAGGAGAGAGUCCCUGUACACUAUCUACCGGGUUUUGUGUAUAGACUACGAUAUUUUUUGUCGAUAAUAAUCAAUUGAUACGCAUGAUGAUGGUUCGAGCGAUGUAUAUGUAUUUUUUAGCUUGGCUUCGGCUACGACUUCGUAGUUCUUACAAUUUCUUUGACUUGGUAAGGGAGAUUUCUCG